GUCUUUCUCUGCCUCUCUCUGCCCCUCUAUCUCUCUGUAGCGCUCUGUUUUUUUUCCCUCUGCCUUUCCUCAGCAUCCCCCCUCUCAGCGAUGGCGUGUGUCAGUGCCGCUCGGCCGUCUGGGGCCUAACGCACACAGAGAGGACCCCUAUUCCUCUCCCGAUUUGCAGCGCAUUCCUCGGGUGUCUCUUCUCCCCGUGUCCUUCACCGCUUCUGCUGCCUUGCAGCUCCCACCCCGCCUCCCCGUGCGGGUGUCUGGGAGUCGGGCCCUCGGGGGUGGAGGAAAACAACAUCGUGCUUCGCUGGGGAGCUGUGCAGAAUUAGCUAUGCCCUGCCCAGGCAUCUUUUGACUGGUCGGAUUCCUCCAUUUCUGCCCGCCUGCAAUCCAGAGGGCAGCGUAGGAUGAAAAUCUGCAAUCAUGAUGCAAGGACUGAAAAACCGAACCAGGAAAGCCCUGGGCUUACGAAAGAAAGACAAGGACAAAGAAACAACGAGCUCACCUGACAAAGAAGGAAGUGGAAGUGGAAAGAAAGGAAGCAAAAAGGCCAACGGGGCUCCCAAUGGUUUCUAUGGGGAGAUUGAUUGGGACAGAUAUGCCUCUCCUGAUGUAGAUGAGGAGGGCUUCAGCCUCCGGCCUGGUGACGAGGGUGAUGCAGCCUCCAAAGAAAAGCACUUUUUCUCGUCCAGCGACUCAGAGGAUGACGAGGACAGCAAAAAAAAGUUCAAAAUUAAGAUCAAGCCGCUGGUGUCAGACAGUGCCAAGUGUGUGCUUCCAUCCAUGGACGAGCUAAAAGCGUCAGUGGGAGGCUUGGCGCUGUCCCCGUCUCUGAGGAGAAGUCCGAGACGCAGUCCGGGGCAGAUAAAAAGGAACUUGUCCUGUGAGGAGAUCGCUAGACCCAGACGCUCAACCCCGAUACCGAGUCCUGCCCCAGAGAUGCAAAGUGACAGGCUGUCACAGAACACUCCUGCCUUCUUUGAGCUGCCUUUAGAGAGAAAAUAUGCCAGAUAUGAUGUGGUACCUUCGGACGCGUGGGGAGAUUCUAGACCCCGAUCAGAAUCACAGCUGAGCAGAAGUUUUCCAACAGGGGCUCCGCCUCCACUCCCUCCAAAAAACAUUCCAUCGAGAAGUCACUACGGCUAUCCUUCAGAAUCUGCUGUCGAUCUACCCAAUGGGAGGGCGGCUCGCAGUUCGGCACCAAUCUACCUGAAUGUCCUCUCCCCAGCCUCUUACCGAGGCUCCCCUGCCCCCGACCUAGACGACGUCUUUGGACCCACGAGUGAGGACACCAUGUCUCCCAGAUGGGUUACUUUCACUGAUGACAGGCCCCCACCGCCUGAUGAACCGGCUCCACCUCCGCCACCGGACUCUCCUCCUCCAGACACACCUUCAUCCACCCCCUCCACCCCCUGCCUCUCGCCUGGACCACCUCCAAACGAACCCCCACCUUCACCUCCGCCGUUUUCCCCUGGGUCUCCUCCUCGUUUCACUCCGCCAGACUCGCCUCCCUCCAUCCUACUCGGACCUCCUCCUCCAGAUGAACCAGCCCCUCCUCUGCCCCCAGAAUUCUCCCCCUCUAAUUCCCCUCCUGGGUGCUCCGAAGAGGAUGCUAUUGAUGAGGAGGUGCUGCAGUUUGCAGAGUACUCUUCCUCCCCUGCCCCCAUCAGCCCUGUGCCUCCUCUGCCAGCGGAGCGUAGAUCCCCUCGUGCUGGAGUCACGUCUCCGCUGGUCCUGGGGGGUUUAGGGGGUAAGAGGACUCCAGAAGGUGUAAACCUGAGAGAAGAUGUACCAGACUUUGUGGGUUCCCCCAGAGAGCUGACGCCAAGCUUCAGGGGCACGCCACCUCCUCUUCCUCCAACUACCUACAGGUCUAUCAUGUCUUCCCCGGGACCCUACUCAGGCAGCAGCCCCUCAUCUCCAGCUCGUCCUACCACACCUCAGUCUCGAGGCAGCCCAGUCCCUCCGCCUCCUCCUCCUCGUCCGUCCUCCCGACCAAAGCUGCCCCCGGGGAAACCAAUCACAGACCUGACCCGGCCAUUCAGUCCGCCAGUUUCAAGCAGCCCCCCGCCUUUUGCCCCCCUGGCCCGGGCAGAGAGCUCUUCAUCAAUCUCCUCCAUUACCUCACAGAGUGCAGCGUCCACCCCAACUUUAGGAAGGGACCUCAACUUGUCCACCACAGAGGCCUCGCAGCCUCUGGUAUGGUUUGACCACGGCAGGUUUUAUUUAGCUUUUGAAGGGUGUUCCAGAGGUCCCAGUCCACUCACCAUGGGACCCCAAGACACUCUGCCAGUGGCAGCUGCCUUCACAGAAACCAUCAAUGCCUACUUUAAAGGCGCUGACCCCAGCAAAUGUGUUGUGAAGAUCACAGGGGAGAUGGUGCUAUCCUUCCCCGCUGGCAUAACCAGGCAUUUUGCGAGCCACCCAGCUCAACCUAUCCUCACUUUUAGCAUCAGCAACUACAACCGACUGGAGCAGGUCCUCCCUAAUCCACAGCUGCUGUGCUGUGAUUCCACUACUGACAGUGUAGACAGAAAGGAGUUCUGGGUAAAUAUGCCAAACUUGAUUAGCCAUCUAAAGAAAGUGGCUGAACAGAAGCCUCAGGCGACAUACUACAAUGUGGAUAUGAUCAAGUAUCAGGUCUCAGCAGACGGGAUCCAGUCCACUCCUUUGAACCUGGCAGUGAGCUGGCGUGGCGAUGGCACCAACAUAGACCUUAGAAUAGACUACAAAUACAACACAGAGGCUCUGGCUGCCCCGGUGCCGCUUCACGACAUCAACUUCCUGGUUCCUGUUGAUGGAGGCAUUGCCAAACUACAGGCCAUGAUCCCACCUGCCACCUGGAAUCCGGAGCAGCAGACAAUACAGUGGAAAAUCCCAAGCCUGUCUCACAGGUCUGAGAAUGGAGGAGUAGGGGCUCUCCUGGGCCGGUUCCAGAUGAUCGAGGGUCCCUGUAAACCCUCCCAGCUGGCAGUCCAGUUCACAAGCGAAGGAAGCACUCUGUCAGGCUGUGACAUCCAGCUGGUCGGGACUGGCUACCGGCUAUCAUUGGUCAAGAAGAGAUUUGCUGCAGGGAAAUAUUUGGCAGAUAAUUAGCGGACCUGUUUGCGAACAGAACCAAGAAAAUCAAUGGCUUUUGACUGUGAAGACUAUGGAUCAUCCUAUGUUUAGUGCAUUUGAAAAUUUAUCUUUAGGAGCCAUUAGAUUUAAUGGCUGGAGUUUAUUAGAGUAACAGAUAACAACACACAGAGGUGAAAUGUGACAUUCUCGGUCAACUGACUGCUGCUGAGUUUAUGCAAGUAAAUACAAGUCAUUAGUUUUGUGCACUUGGAACACUUAUGAGCUUAUAUAGAGUAACGUUUAGGGAAACCCCAAGUCUAUGUUCUUGUUAACUUAAAAAUAAUUGUGGAUUUCAUACAGUGAUCCAGCUUUAUUUGUUCUAUUUUCCUCUUGUUUCACGGGUUAUCACUUCGAAUGCACUCUUAAAGAUGAUGUGAAUAAUUUGUAUGACAAAACAAUCUUAAACGAGGUGGAAAAGAUGGAAAACGUUUUAACAUAGGUUUGCUUUGCAGAUGUAUUCCAAUUAGUUAUAGUCACAUGGUACUGUCUGAUUUGCACUGCCACCUUUAAAUCAGAUGUUUUUUGUUUAUUUUCAACAUGUGUGACUGUCGUGAUUGUUGUCCAAGCAGAAUGUAUUCCUCUGUGUGGACAGCUUUGACACCGUCAUAUCCCUUUUAUCUGUCUUAUGAUUAAAGGUGACAGUUUAAAAUGACCUGCAGCACUGGAAGAACAUCAGCACUAUGAAUCCUAAGGUGCUCUUGACAUGGAAUUAUGUUUGCGCCUCAGUCCUGGGAACUUUAGGGAACAAUUUGAUCAUGGGUCAUGAUCAUUUCCUUCUAGCACAUAAAUUCGAUUUUGUAGGGAAACUCGUCACAAUAAAGGGCGGAAUAAUUAGAGCAAAUAAAACUGUUUGCUCUAUGAUUUGUAUGCUUGCUCCAUUUAAUCAUCAUAAGCCCACGAUAACCAAGAUCCAAACUUAAUGCUUAUUUUGCUUCCUUAGACUGAAUGAACCAUUUUGACUUGGUUUGCAAAGUUACAUUUUGAUUUAUAGUCAUUGUGAGUGUUUUGGAUAAUUGGAGCUAUAUUUGUGGCCAUAUUUGGAUGACAGGGUUGCGGGCUAAGUUCGCUCUAGGUUCACUCAAGUAAUAUAGAGCAGAGACUUCUAGGACAUGAUGUGCAACACAGCAGGACAUUUGGCAGAUGGCUCUGAGAAUGAUCAAAAAGACACCCACAUGCACGACGGGUCCAGUUCCUAUUAACAGAGGUGGUGCCUUGCAGAAAACGAGUGGCAUAGUUAGUCCACUGAGGACACCACUGUCAUUGGAAAUGAAAAGGUUUUUUUACUAAACUGUAAAUGUUAGAGGUGGAAAUCACCAGACGGUUGGGUGAAAGUCACAUAUCUGUUGAUGUCUUCACAGACAAAUUCACAUUUGAGCCGACGUGAGUUUACUAAAUAACAUUAUCUCAGGAUGAUGGUGAUUGAGCUGAGCGCUUUUGUUCGUAGUAUUCAGAGUAUUUUCAUUCAUUUCGUAAAAUAUCGAAAUUUGGUGUUCACGUAUUGAUAAAAUACUGCAAUAAUAUGCAGUGUCGAUUUUUUCCCCCACCUCCUAGUUUAUGGGGAUUGACUCAUUUUUGGAGGCAGCCUUGAGUGGACGUUAAAGGAACUGCAGUUUUGGUCAUUUCAGAGUCAAAAAUCAGGCCUCAGUUUGUUGAGUGCAAAAGAGUUUCUUUACAAACCACACUUGAUGCGCUGGAAAGACUGUGCUCAGGGCUGAAGCGUAUACAUAACGCCAUACUUUCACACACACAGCCUUUAAACACUACUACUGGAAGCAUUUUUACCAUUAACGAGUCGUGUUGGCAGAGAGUUAGAGCAGUGUGACCUGGUGCACAACAAACACAUCGAAUUACCAGUAAAGGGCAAGUGCAAUGUUGAGAUACAUCAAAGGUCUCACAUUACAGGACACAGGUGGAGUUUGUGGUGGUGUUUUGUGGGUAGAAUUGCAUUAUACUGAGCUGACGAUUAUGUGUGAAGCUGCUACUUUCACUGGGACAGCUUGGGUAAUUUAUCCAGAAAUUAUAUUAGAAAGUCUAGAGCCAGAUGCAAGAGUGCCAUACACUGAGGAAAAGGACCUUUAAGUUUCCAGAGAAAUCUAAAGGGACCAGGGCUAUGGAUUGCAGGAGUUGCCUUUGAUGCUGCUUAUAAACUCUGACAAUAAUCUUUGAUGGAGGACAUCACAGAGCAAUGAAAAGAAGUGUCUAUCAAAAAGACAGCACUAUUUAUUUCCCUGCUUUAUUUUCUCCCUUUUCCCACCAUGUCGAAUAAAUGUUUUAUCAUUUUCUAAUAGCAAUAUUUAAAAGACUUAAGUGUAAAAAGUGUACAUAAAAAGCUAUGUUUCAAAUAUUUCUCUGAGCAUAUGGACGUGUCUGUGAUCGUCUCUUGGUUUAUUGAUGUCAGCGCUCAUAAUGCAUUUGGUUCUGCGUAACGACACACAACACUCUCUUCAUCUAACGUGGGUUUCUUGUAACAAAAAAACAAAGAGAAAAAAAAAAGAAAAGGUGUUGAUGAAUAACUCCAAACAGUGGCGCAUGAAAUCUGCACCUGUCCAUCACCGGUCUUAUCAAUGCAAUACCACUUUAUCCAUUUCAGUGAGGUCAUGAUGUGUGUGUUGUUGUAUCAGUGUGCUUUGAGAAGAGACUCCUUUGCCUUCACUUGCGCCUCCAUUCUCUAUUUUGCUGGUGAUGCACCUUCAGAAACUCAUUGUCAAUCAAAUCUGGCAUGCGUUCAAUGACGUACCCAUCCCAUGCAUCCGAUAAAGGUGUUUGACAUCCUCCUGUGUUUGACUUGCACACAAAAGCACACCUUCAAUUUUCUUCAUGAAACAAAUUGUUGCUUCAUGUCACAUGUGUGUGUUUCACUUUUUUACAGAGCGUUUCCAUGUGUUGACUCACACUUUGGACUCGGGCGAAAUUUAGUUCCUUAGAAAAAGAAACAUGGCUUUUUUUUGGUUGAGUAAGAACAACUUUUGUUUUUCUUCUGUUGAAUAUGCUUAUAUUUUUCUUUGCCUUAUUUUUGAGUGUACACUAAUAUUCCAAAACCAGAGGUUUUCUGUAAGUUUAUUUUUUCUACAACUUUUUUGGCUGUAUGUAUUCUUUCACUGCAUUAGGAUCAGAAUAUGCAAACAUUUCAUGUAAAUUUCCCAUCCAAAGAUUUUGAGAGUAAAUAUAUGAAAAAAAAAAAGUCAUUAUAAUGUAAUACCUGUUUUACUUGGUAAUAAAGAAGAGGAAAUAUGAGUCAUUUAUCUCCUUCUCAUUUGUUCAAAGAUGUAAAAAUAUAACACCUACAGGCACAUAACCC